CUUAAAAGACGUGAGAUAUAUCAUGUGUAAAACACUACACAACAGUAUGCAGUGCUGCAUAAUAAGUUAAAGACAAGAAGGGCUUUCACAGAAAAAAAGUGUGCAUUGGAAACAGAUGCAUAAUUAGAUAGAAAAAUGAAUAAGACCAUUUUAUCCACUGCCUCACUUGGACUCCAGUAAGGUUUUUAAGGUUUACCAGAGAAAUUGAAUAAUACAACAAAUAUGUGUUGAUUUGUUGUGAAUAUUCUCAAAGCCAAGGUUACCCGAAAAAUCCAAAUUUUGCCACAUUAAUAGGCACCGUUAAGAGACUCUAGACUUAAUACUGUACUAUAAUUACACAAUGUGAAAAUAUGUUAUCAAUGACAUUCUGUUCUCUGAUCAGUUACCUGAUAAAUUCUCUCAUUGUCUUAGAUGACAUAGACAGUCCAUCAAAAAAGAAAAUUAAGGAGAAAACAGAAAGGAAGAAAAAGAAGAAAUUUGAAGAUGAGGAAGAGAAAAAGUCAUUGUCAAGUGCAAGUGCUCACAAGGAGAAAAAAACAAAGAAAAAGAAGCCAGAUUGUGACAAGAUGGGACCAACAGAUUUGUAUGUGAAGAAACAUGGUAAUAAGAAGCUUAAGGCUGGCCACAUGAAACCAGUGACUGAUGCAUUGAUUGUUGUUGAUAAUACCUCUGAUAUGCCUGUCCCAGAGUUGGAAAUUCUUGGUGAUUCAACAGAUUGCACAAUCACCAAGAGAUGCAAAAAAAACAUAGAAUAUGGUUAUUUUGAUGAAGACAGUGAGGACAUUGACAACCAAGAUGCUAUGGAGGACAGUUUUGACGACUCAACCCAAGAUCCAGAUUACUCCACUGAGUCUUCAGAUGAAAGCAUUGCUCACUCUGAUAAUGUUGAAGCAGGAUAUGUGUCCGAUUCUUCUUCCAACAUGUCUGACACAGUUCCACUUGUGGAUACAUUACCUGUUUUAAGUAACACCAAAUGUUGUUCAGAAAUCAACCUAUCACAAACAGAAAAGAAGCCUGCAAUCAGUAUACAAACAAGCAGCAACACGAAAGUUCAACGAGUUUGGGAUAAAGUACACUAUUGUUUUUUUUGUGAGAUAAGUUCAACUAACAUUUCGAAACACUACUUGGGACCUCAUCAAAGUGAAGCAGAAGUGCAAAAAAUUCUGUCAUAUCCAAAGAAAUCAGAGGCAAGAAGACUUGAAUUGCUAAAACUCAGAAAUGCUGGUGAUUACAAACACAACACAGAUAUAUUGAAGAAGGGGGAAGGGGUUUUAGUGACCUGGACACGAAGACCUGAAGAUGAAGUGUCUUCUGGAGACUUCCUGCCAUGUGAAGACUGCUUAGCAUUCUUUCUUAGAUCAAACCUGUGGAGACACCGGAAAGUAUGUCCAUUUAGAAAAGAAGGGGCAAAGUAUCGAAAAGUACAGUCGGAAGCAUCCUUCCUCUUGCCUUCUUCUCAUGAGGUCAACAAGGGCUUAGAAAUGAAUGUUCUUCGCAAAAUGAAUGCAGACGAAAUAACAAUUGCUGCAAGAAAUGACCGAAUCAUAACCAAAGUUGGAGAAAAGUUGUACCAGAAACAUGGCCAUCUUCCACAUCUUUAUUCCCAUGUUAGUCAGAAGAUGAGGGAAUUGGCAAGGUUGCUUAUAGCUGUAAGAGGCCAACAACCUGAUGUUAAUUCUCUAUCAGACUUGCUGCAUCCUGAACGAUUUAUGCUUGCCGUUAAAGCAACCAAGAUUUUGUGCAAUUUCUCAGAAGAUACAAACACAUAUGGAAAUCCAUCCCUUGCUCUAAAGAUCGGCCACUUACUGAAAAAAUGUGCAAAGAUUAAGAAAUCUUCAGCAUUGUCAUCAGGGGAUUCUGAUCUAGGGAAGAAUGCAGAUGAUUUUCUUACACUUCUUGAUGAUGAGUGGACUGACGAAAUUUCAAGUUCAGCUUUGCAAACACUCAAUACAAACAAGAUGAACAAGGGACAGCUGCUACCACUGACAGAGGACUUGAAGAAACUGCAGUGUUACUUUCAGGAAAAGAGUAAAUCCCUUUCAGCAUCUUUGCAGAAUUCAUUUUCAAAACCAGACUGGGAGCUUUUGAAUCAAUUAACAUUGGCACGGCUUGUCAUGUUUAAUAGACGGCGUGGUGGAGAGACCCAGAGGAUCACAUUAGAGGGAUAUGCAGCAAAACUGACCAAGCAUGAUUCACUUCAAGAAAUUAAAGACUCAUUAAGUCCAGUUGAAAAAAUGCUCUGUGAAACAUUUGGGCGUGUUGAAAUACGUGGGAAAAAAGGACGAACAGUACCUGUGUUACUCACUCCAGCAAUUCAGCAGAGUAUUGAUUUGCUUCUGAAAUGGAGAAAAGAAGCCCAAAUUCCUGAUGAAAACCCGUACCUGUUUGCCAGACCAAAUUAUGAUUCUCUACAACCAAUUAGGAGUUCAGAUGUGCUGAGACGAUUUGCACAUGAACCAGAAUUGGAAUUGUCUUCCCCAGAAAAUAUUACAAGUACUCAACUGCGGAAACAUGUUGCAACCGUGUCACAGAUUUUAAAUCUGGAAAAAAACGACUUGGAGGUGAUGGCAACCUUCAUGGGCCAUGACAUAGAUGUGCAUAGGUCAUUUUAUAGACUCCCUCAGGAAACCAUACAGAUAGCACGUAUGGGAAAGUUGCUUAAAGCGUUUGACAAUGGGACAAUAGCAAAAUACAGUGGGAAAAAACUUGAAGAUAUUACAGUGGAAGAUACAGAUCUUGAGGUUGCCAGUCAACAUGAAGAAUGUGAUGACACUGAUGAAGAUAUGGAUGAAGUAGCACCAGAAGAAUCUGUUAAUGUUCCAGUUGCUGUUGCACAAGCUUCGACAAGUGGUCAGAAAGGAAAAAGGAGGAGUAUUCACCAUCUUACAGAGGAACAAACAAACACCUUGCGUAGACUCUUCAAAACCAACGUAGCAUUCAGACGAGACUUGAAAAAACAUGAGUGCCUUCAGGCAAUAAAAAAAAACCGGUGCCUCAAUGAACUGGAUUGGAAAAAAGUUAAAAAUACGGUCCAUAGCUGGAUAAUCUUGGAAAAGAAAAAGACCAUUAAACUUGCCACAGCAAAAUGCUAAUUUUCAGUUUGUAGACAUACAUUUAUGAAAGUUGUUCGUAGUAACCUAAGGCAUCAGGCAACGAUACAAUUGGUGAAAUUGUCUACAUCACAUGAGCUUGUGAAAUGGUGUAUAUUUUACUUGGUUGAGUUUACAAGGUGAGCAUUUAAGGCCAUUAUUUUGUGGUUUAAGAUCUUCAGUUUAAAAAGUUGUUGUGCAAGGUCUUUGGAGGCCUACCAGUUCUAUUCUCAUAGGAUAUCAUAUACCAUUAUGUUUACAGUCAGACAGGUGGUUUGACUUGAAUGAGUUACAAUUGUUUGGUAACUUAGGUACUAUAAUAAUGGUGUUGUGGUUCAGUUGAAUACUGCUAUAACGCGUGAAUUACAGCUAACAACACAGUAGGUCAACCUCUGAACAGGAAUUUUUCAAAGUUGCCACAAUAAAUUCCAUCAAUUAUCAUCUUUGAUGAAUAAUAAUAUUAUUCACUUCUUUUUGAAGACAACCAUUUAAUCAGAAUCAGAAUAGAAUUUUUGACUUGAAGUGACUCAUACUAGUUUUAUUGUAAUUUCUUCUAAAAACAUUUCAAUUAGAUGCACUGGUAGUUGAAUAAGAUAUAAAAAAAUUGUAACUUGUACAAGUCAUACUGAGAAUGUUAGCUGCUGUUGAAAAAUGUUUCAUUCUUUGUGCUUUAGGUAAUGGUAUUGUGUAUAAUCAUGUACGAGGUUUGCAGUUGGGUUGAUGUGUUUUAUUGUCAGUCUGAUUAAAACCAGAUCUAGAAUCGCUCUACCUUAAACUACAUCUGAAAUGACUUGCAUAAGGGGGUUUAGGUUGAUAGACCUCAUGUUUAAUGGAACCCUUAAUAUGUAGCUACAUUUGCCUGUUUUAAUAUUGAUAUUUGAAUUCUGAUGCUAAAUGAUGCUUUUGUCUUUGAACUGGAGUUCUUCGUCCAAUUUUUACUCAUUGUUUACUUUGGAACAUUGUUUUGCAUUAGGCCAUACAAAGUUCUUCGGACAAAAGAUAAUGAGGGAGGGUGGUAUUUUAUUUUUAAUAUCUUACCCUUUAAAAUUGAGAAGUGAGGAAUUAUUUUAUUUUUCUGUUUGAAGUCUGAUGAGGGAUGAAUUUAUUAGAAUUAUUUUCCUGAAAAUCAACAUAAACACUUAAUGAAUGCUUAAUAUGUUUUUGGAUUUACUUUCCUCUGAUACAUAUGCUGCAUUUUCAUUUGUUUGACAGACAUUUUAUGUUUCAUCUUCAUAGCUGUGUUGGAACACAGAAAAUACUGUAAGUGGGCCGAAAAUGGGAAUAUUUUUUUUUCUCAUGCAUUGUGUGUUUUUUUUUAUUAAUAAAGUUGGUGAUGCAGGGAAUUUUCCUGAGAAAUAAGCAAUUAACUUUGUAUGGCCUUAAAAUGCUCUACUGUCUUGCAGCCACACAAUAAAUUGUUGAUUGAUCUA